AUGGCUGAGGUUGCUGAGCCCACUACACAUAUGGUGAUGUUGGCUAAGUCCAAUGGGCCUGGAUUAGCUUGGAGAAAAAGUGGCUCCUUUGCUAGUUGCUACACAACACCAAGCAAUGGUCCAAGGGUUGUCUACCCAUCUGCAAGCAUCUCAAUUGUUGUAGACAUGUGGUGGGCGAGGGUGAGGGAGGAGGCGGGGGCGGAGGGCGGGGUCAGGUACGCGGCCACCGCGGCGGCGUCGCCCUCCUCCUACUACGGCCUCAGGCUGCUCCACAGCUUCCUGCACCCGGAUCUCGUGCUGCGCCUCGACCGCGGGGACUGCCGCGGGGCCGCUGGGGGCCGGAGCUACGCGCUCGUGCCGGCCGACGAGCUCUCCAGGGUGCUCGCCAGGCAGAAUUCUAGUCUGGCGUUGCAUAAUAAACAUUCAUUUGCUGAGGAUAGUGCUGGUGCGUACCCUUUGGUGCUCAGGAUAUCAGUUCGAGAAACAAGUAUUUUGACAGUGAAAAUUAGCAAAAAGGACAAUCCAGUCGAGAACUAUAAACGGGCAAACAAGAUUUUUAAUAUUGAUUCUCAACCAGUUCAUGUUUGGGAUUUUUCAGGGCAGACAAACCUAAUAUUAAUGAAUGAAUGGAAUAGGUCAAAUCAUGACUGCUGCCACUCAGAGCUAGAGAAUCUUCUUGAAGUGCAAGUCUAUGCAAUGUCUGACUCCUUAACUUCCAAGAUUGGUGGAACCGGCAAAGAGUAUGCAGAACAAUCGUCUGGAGAUGUUAAUGAUAUGGAUGUUGAUUUGUCCUAUGGAAGCUUUGGAAGAUCUAGCUCGACUGGGCUAGUUGGAUUGGAAAAUCUUGGGAACACUUGCUUUAUGAACAGCUCAAUUCAAUGUUUGGCUCACACAUCAAAGCUUGUUGAUUAUUUCCUAGGAGAUUAUGACAGAGAUAUAAAUCGGACAAACCCACUAGGACUGAAUGGGGAACUUGCUUUGGCAUUUGGAGAAUUAUUGAGGAGAUUAUGGAACACGGAGAGAAAACCUGUUUCACCACAUCACUUUAAGUCAAAGAUAGCUUGUUUUGCCCCUCAAUUCAGUGGCUUUAAUCAGCAUGAUUCACAGGAGCUUCUUGCUUUCUUAUUGGAUGGCCUCCAUGAAGAUCUCAACCAGGUCAAGUGCAAGCCAUAUGAAGAAGCUAAGGAUGCAAGUGGCCGUCCUGACAAAGAAGUGGCAGACGAGUAUUGGAGCAAUCAUUUAGCUCGAAACGCCUCUGUAAUAGUUGAUAUUUGCCAUGGGCAGUACAAAUCUACGUUAACUUGCCCUACUUGUAGUAAAACAUCUGUCACUUUUGAUCCAUUUAUGUACUUAUCUUUGCCUGUACCUUCCACGGCAAAGAGGACAAUGACUGUGACAGUUUUCAGCACUGAUGGUAGCAUAGAGCCAAUCUCAUAUGAUGUCAGUGUGCCACAAUUUGGGAGUCUUAAUGAUCUUGUUCAGGCUUUAAGUUCUGCUUGUUCACUUGGAGAUGAUGAGAUCCUGCUCAUUACAGAGGUCUAUAACAACCGCAUCAUUCGAUACCUCGAAGAGCCUUCAGAUUCAGUUUCAUUGCUGAGGGAUGGAGAUAAAUUGGCAGCAUACCGGCUACCAAAAAAAUAUGAAACAUCCCCAUUUGUGGUUUUUACACACCAACAUUUCGAUGAGCAUUCCAGUGUUGAUGAUAUGACACCACAAAUGAAGGAAUUUGAGGCCCCACUACUGGCAGUUCUUCCUGAGAGAGUCAAUGGAUUAACUCUGAAGAGUAUCUAUCUGAAGUUGUUAAAACCAUUACGAUUUUCCAAGGGCGCUAGUUCUCUUAAUGAUAGUGGGAGUUGUAAUAGUGGCUGUGCUGCUGUCCCGAUGGAUGCAAUACCUGAUUCAGAUGGUCAGUUUCUUAGUGCUCCAUUGGAAAAUACCCUUGAAAGUAGCCACUCUGAUACAGUUGAAUGCCAAGGGACAGGAGGACCUAGUGAGUCAUCUGAGUGGGAAGCAGAUGUGGAACAGUUUGAAUUUUAUUUAACAAACGGAAGGUGUGAUGUCCAGCAAGCGAGAAUAGAAACAAAUGAGGUGGAUUUACUUGAGAGUACACCAAACCGGUUACAGAUCAAUGUCCAUUGGCAACAAAAUGCAGUAAGACAAUAUGAAACUUCAAUGUUGAAAAGUCUACCUGAGAUUCAUAAGCUUGAGCUUAUCCCGAAAAGAAAUGAAGAUUCUGUUGCACUAAAUGGUUGUCUGGAAGCCUUUCUAAAAGAGGAACCAUUGGGCCCAGAAGACAUGUGGUACUGCCCGUGCUGCAAAAAGCAUCAACAAGCAAUGAAGAAAUUAGAUUUGUGGAGGCUACCGGAAGUUCUGGUCAUUCAUCUGAAAAGGUUCUCAUAUACCCAGUUCACAAGAAAUAAGCUUGAGACAUUUGUAGAUUUUCCCAUUAGUGAUCUGGAUCUGUCUUCAUAUAUCAUCGACAAGAGUGAACUAUCGAACUGCCAUUAUCGCUUGUAUGCUAUUAGCAAUCACUAUGGAAACAUGGGAGGUGGACACUACACCGCCAGCAUCUACCAUGAAGAAGGGAAGGGAUGGUACAAGUUUGAUGAUGAAUGUGUGAGACCUAUGACUGAAGACAGUAUAAAGACACCUGCUGCUUAUGUUCUGUUCUACAGACGAGAAUGAUCAGGAUACAACUGCAAUACAUCAAAGACUUUUUUCGGGAUGUUUUGUGAAGUCUAGAUCUUCCAACAUAUUCGACAUAUGGGCAUUUGAAUCUCUCAAGUCACUAACCUAUACAACAUCAUGUACAGAUUCAAUUGCCGACAGGAGAACAAAAGACCUAGCUAAUGCACUAUUCUUUUCCAGCUCGACAUAUUCUUUUUGUACAUGGUUUGGUGGUCCUACAAUUAAUGUAAUUGCUGCUAGUGAUUAGCCUGGGUUCAACAAAAUUCUUUUGUCACCGAAUUGUUGCCAAUAAUUUUAAACGAUGUAACCUCUCUUUUAAAUUAACUCGUGUGAUCGAUCUGUUCCUGUCGCCCACGCUGUGGCGAGUGCGACGCCAUAGCUACUGCUCCAUCCAUGAGUGGCUAUUUGCCAUCCUGGUAGUCAGAUGACAUUGACAUGAUGAUCAUUGAAGGUCUGAAAAUCCAUUCUGUUGCUUGCUUUUUGGACCCGAAAAUAUAUCC